AUGGCGGACUUACAGAACUGGAUGCGCAAAACGAUCCAGCCCGUUCGAACACGUACUCCGACGUUCCCUCUCACCUCCGAAGAGCGCCGCAACACUGUUGACUCCAGCUCUCUCUCCGAGUCCGGCACCCCACGAAGACGUUCUGGCCCGCGCAAGAAGAUAUCUUCAUACUUCUCCCACAGGCCGAGCAAGCUCCUUGACGAUCCUACUACAGAAAUCUGGUCCCCAGAUGGCACCGCUGAUGACGCUCUGUCACCCGACAUCCGCACCAUGAUCGAUGCAAUCUUCAUCAAGCUCUGCAACCAGCCAUUUGACGGCCUGCCGGCGCAGAUGAACAGUUCUGUCCUGCAUGUGAUCGAGGCAUAUAGGAACUUGAGUGUGGAGAAAGAACAGCUUGAAGAACAGCUCGAGGAGGUAGGAAGCAGGCUAGAGGAAGCUGAAAAAAGACGGGAGGAGGAAGAAAAGGACUUCCGCGCGGAAAUCAAGCGCCUGGAACUUAUCAUUGCCAAAGGGAAGAACGGCAUGUCGCGGUUAAUGGCCUCUCGUCAGGACAGCGUUGUCAGCCGAAAGAAGGGCUACAGGAACCAAGUGGGCUUGAGCACGCCAGCCACCAGAGGAACAGAUGUCAUGCAAAAGCAGCAGGUAAAGUCAAAGAAAGUCCAACGAGGUAAGAUACCACUCAUAUCGAAUCCUGCUGGAGAACAACGCUGA